AUGACGCCUUAUUUGAUCAAGCUUAACGAAUUUGAAAACAGAUUUAGCUCACAACUGACCGUGACCUUCCAGCAUCCCAGUGAAGUUGCCGCGGAGGUUGUUGACCUAAUUGAUCCCUUGCCAGCUUUGAAUCCCUACAACACACUUGAGGCAGCCAUAAUUAGACGGAAAACAACCUCCGAUGGAGCUAAUAUCCAGAAAUUGCUUUCAGAAGUCGAUCUGGGCUAUCACAUGCAAGGAUUGGCUUGCAGCAAGUCGUUCAUGUAUUAUAUAUACAUAUAUAAUUGUAUUAAAAGCCCUACAGAGAAGAGAAGAGAAAAAGAGUGGGUGAGGGGACCUAGUGCUGGCCUAUGUCAAGCAUACUGA